UUGAAGAUUAAUCCUUUGUCAGUUGCUUCAUUUACAAAUGUUUUCUCCCAUUCUGAGGGUUGUCUUUUGGUCUUGUUUAUGGUUUCCUUUGCUGUGCAAAAGCUUUGCAGUUUCAUUAGGUCCCAUUUGUUUAUUUUUGUUUUUAUUUCCAUUUCUCUAGGAGGUGGGUCAAAAAGGAUCUUGCUGUGAUUUAUGUCAUAGAGUGUUCUGCCUAUGUUUUCCUCUAAGAGUCAUCAUUUUUAUUCUUAAUGCCCCUUUUCCAGGCUCCAAGCUGAUCAUUCCCUUUGCCCCCUCCCCCUUUUUUUUCUUCAGUGGAGUUUAUUAGAUUUUAGCUAAUAUAUUAAUGACUUGAUUGUUAUGGUUACUUUCAGCUGUGUUACCUUAAGUUAUUAAAUUAUAGCCUCAUGGAUUUUUAUGGUCAUGCUUUCCUGAAAGGGGCAUUCAAGACUCACUUCCAAUUCAUUCCCACCCUGAGACAGUUUUUACCUCUCACUACUUCUUAACACCCACGUUUUUGUGCAACUAGGCAGAUCUCACUUCUUUGGACUUAUUUCUUCCUUUUUUUUUUAAAUUAAUUUAUUUUAUUUUUGGCUGUGUUGGGUCUUCGUUGCUCUAUGUGGGCUUUUCUCUAGUUGCGGCGAGCGGGGGCUACUCUUUGUUGUGAUGUGCAGGCUUCACUAGUUGCGGCGUGUGGGCUCAGUAGUUGUGGCCCACGGGCUCUAGAGUGCAGGCUCAGUAGUUGUGGCGCACAGGCUUAGUUGCUCUGUGGCAUGUGGGAUCUUUCCGGACCAGGGCUUGAACCCGUGUCCCCUGCAUUGGCAGGCGGAUUCUUAACCACUGUACCACCAGGGAAGCCCUGGACUCAUUUCUGUAUAUAAGUCCUUAUUUAUUUCCUUCCUGUCAUCUGGAAUGCCCUCCCCACUUAUCUUUCCUUUUAAAUCCUACUCAUUCUUUAGGUCAAGCUUAGAUUUUACAUUUACCUUGAUAUAGAUACUUUCUUAUUUUGAUUUUUCCCCCCUCUGGACUUUAAUCCUCACUUUGUCAUUUAAUUGAUUAUACUGCCUUGUGUAAUUUAACCAUGUUACCUGGCUGCAACUAACUCCAUUUUAUCUUUUAAGUCAGUUUAAAAGUCACCUUCACAGAGAGUCCUUCUUUACCCUCACUAAAAUAGUCCUUUCCCCAUAUACAGUCUUUCUCUUUUAGCUACAUGUUUAUUUCCUUUAUGUGGAAUUUACCACAACUGCCAUUAUUUUGUUUGUGUGCUUUCCUACUAGAAUAUAACUAUGUAAAGGUAGGAGCUGUAUCUGUCAUGCUCACUAUUGUAUCUAUAGUACAUAGAACAAUAGUGGCUGUUACAUAGUGGUAGUGGUAGUCUUUAAUAAAUAUUUUUCAGUUGAAUUAUUUGCUGAAUAAAUUGUUAAGUACUUGAGUGUCAGGACCCAUAUUAUUCUAUGGCGAAAUUCUCUGCUGUGCCCACACAGUAAAUCCUUAAAUUGGGAAUAUUAAUUUUUCAUGAAUGAGAAGAAGGGAAUAAGCCUGAAGUUGAAGUAAUUUUUCUGAAACCAGAUGCCAAGACUUUUCUGCUGUAGAGGUGGGGACGGCAGCAGUGAAUGCUGGAGACAGAUCUUUGUACAAUCAUGUUUGAAAUUAAGAAGAUCUGCUGCAUCGGUGCAGGCUAUGUUGGAGGACCCACAUGUAGUGUCAUUGCUCAUAUGUGCCCUGAAAUCAGGGUAACAGUUGUUGAUGUCAAUGAAUCAAGAAUCAAUGCAUGGAACUCUCCUACACUUCCUAUUUAUGAGCCAGGACUAAAAGAAGUGGUAGAAUCCUGUCGAGGAAAAAAUCUAUUUUUUUCUACCAAUAUUGAUGAUGCCAUUAAAGAAGCUGAUCUUGUAUUUAUUUCUGUGAACACUCCAACCAAGACCUACGGAAUGGGGAAAGGCCGCGCAGCAGAUCUGAAGUACAUUGAAGCUUGUGCUAGACGCAUUGUGCAAAACUCAUACGGGUACAAAAUUGUGACUGAGAAAAGCACAGUCCCAGUGCGGGCAGCAGAGAGUAUUCGUCGAAUAUUUGAUGCAAACACAAAACCUAACUUGAAUUUACAGGUGCUGUCCAACCCUGAGUUCUUGGCAGAAGGAACGGCCAUCAAGGACCUGAAGAACCCAGACAGAGUACUGAUUGGAGGGGAUGAAACCCCAGAGGGUCAGAGAGCUGUGCAGGCACUGUGUGCUGUGUAUGAGCACUGGGUUCCCAGAGAAAAGAUCCUCACCACUAAUACUUGGUCUUCAGAACUUUCUAAACUGGCAGCAAAUGCUUUUCUAGCACAGAGAAUCAGUAGCAUUAACUCUAUAAGUGCCCUCUGUGAAGCAACAGGAGCUGAUAUAGAAGAGGUGGCAACAGCCAUUGGAAUGGACCAGAGAAUUGGAAAUAAGUUUCUGAAAGCCAGUGUUGGUUUUGGUGGGAGUUGCUUUCAAAAGGAUGUUCUGAAUUUGGUUUAUCUCUGUGAGGCUCUAAAUUUGCCCGAAGUAGCUCGUUAUUGGCAGCAGGUCAUAGACAUGAAUGACUACCAGAGAAGGAGGUUUGCUUCCCGGAUUAUAGACAGUCUGUUUAAUACAGUGACUGAUAAGAAGAUAGCUAUUUUGGGGUUUGCAUUCAAAAAGGACACCGGUGAUACGAGAGAGUCGUCUAGUAUAUAUAUUAGCAAAUAUUUGAUGGAUGAAGGCGCACAUCUCCAUAUAUAUGAUCCAAAAGUACCAAGGGAACAAAUAGUUGUGGAUCUUUCUCAUCCAGGAGUUUCAGAGGAUGACCAAGUGGCCCGGCUGGUGACCAUUUCCAAGGACCCCUAUGAAGCAUGUGAUGGUGCCCAUGCUGUUGUGAUUUGCACUGAAUGGGACAUGUUUAAGGAACUGGACUAUGAACGCAUUCAUAAGAAAAUGCUGAAGCCAGCCUUUAUCUUUGAUGGACGACGUGUCCUGGAUGGGCUCCACAAUGAACUACAAACCAUUGGCUUCCAGAUUGAAACAAUUGGCAAAAAGGUGUCUUCAAAGAGAAUUCCAUAUGCACCUUCUGGUGAAAUUCCAAAGUUUAGUCUUCAGGAUCUACCCAACAAGAAACCCAGAGUAUAGACAUUGCCAUUUUUAUUUGUAAUUUUUUUGGUACUUCAGGAUAGCAAAUACCUAUCUGAUAUUAAAUGGUAAAUGAAUCAAGUGCUUUUAAGGAAACAAAACUAUUUUUUUAAUAAUCAAAUUUAUACUAGCUGUAUGGGAAUUAGCAUAUCUGGUAAUUAUGAAACUAGAAUAUUUUUUACAUAUUUUUAUAAUAUUGUUACCUCAGUGAUUGGAUGCAUAGCAAAUAACUGUGUUGGUUUUAAUGGUGUCGAUUUUUGUAAAAUUAAACUUCAAACACUUUUUACUUUAUAAAAUGUCUUUAGGCAGCACUUGAAUAUCACAUUGUAAUGGGAAUGGCAUGCUUCAGUUUUUCUGAUCAUUGGUUUAUCUACUUGUCCUUAAGUAUGUAUUUUAAACCAUGAAAUGACUAUGCUAAAUAUUGGGCUAAACCUGUUAACCUUUCCAAAAGUGUCAUGGAAGUUUAGAGCUUUCUGGAUUAAUUGGGUAAGAUGUUUUCCAUGCCAUUUCUUGUCUCUCUGAACUGAGGAGCAUGCAAUGGACAGAAUGUGGCCUUUGAGCUUUUUUUUUCCUAUGCUUCCAUGUUAGAAGUAACCCUACAAGUAUGGUUUGGUUAUUGUUCUUUUGUUCCUUUUGUUUUAAUGAGCUGUGUUGUUGGUUUUCUAGUCCAAAAAGAUCAUCACUGCCCACUUCCAAUCAAUCCAAAUAAGACUAAAAGGCAAUAUUUUUUUUAACAUGAAGAGAAAAUCAGUGUAGUGAAAUGAAAAUCUAUUUCACCCCACUUCUUGUUUUUCCUCACUGAUCACUAUGUUUUUUUAGUCCAAUAUUUGUUACUUUUACUUUGCAUUUUCUUCCUGUAACUCAUUGCAAUUUCUCCCUUUUUCUUUAAGUAAUAAAACCAAUAUAAUCUCAUAUAUAAACUUAAAGAAGUAGAUUUUACAAGUUAUGUAUAGCAUAAUCCUAAAAUAGGGAAUUUUGUGUCUUCAACUACUUUUUUUCUUAUGUCUCUUUGACUUAUAUUUGAUUUUCUCUUGUGUUUAUCAUUAUUGAAAUAUGUCAGAUGUCCAUUUGAUGCUUGUGCUCUGCCGAGCGUAUACAAAUUGAGUUAAACAGUCUCAUCCUUUAGGAAUUUUGCGGUUCAAUAAGGAUACAGAGACAAAGAUGAGGACAGAGACACCUAUAGAGGUAUCAAAUACAUAAAUAAAAUAUUCUGCAUAA